AAUCAUAUUUUAAUUUAUUUUCAGAUCAAAGCAAUAAAGCUGGAAUGCUUUACCUUUUUGGAUGAUAUCAUUGACCUCAGCGGUUGUCAUGUGCAAGAGUAUGGAUCUCAAAUAGAAGAGGUGUGUAUUUUUUAUCUUAAAAGAGAUGUUGGAGCCGAUGUGAAAAAGGCAAGCCUUGUAACUCUGUCAAAGGUUUUAGAAACAUGUCGUGGUUACCAAGGUGAAAAGAAAAUCAAUGUUAAACAACUGAUGGAAGACUUGUUUUUCCAACUUAGUUUAGGGAGCAAAUUGACUGCUAAAGUUAAAGAAGAGGUAUUAUGUGUCAUAGGAAUUAUUGCUCAUUAUUAUCCAGAAGAAUUCAUUAAUUAUCAAGAAAGAGUAUUGUCUGUAUUUCUGCAAGAAUUAAAAAUUCAGAUGAAUGCAAAAGUAAAAGCCCCUAUAUAUAGUACUGUUGCUGGGUGCUUGUUUGGUUUAAAGGAAUACCUGUACAAUUUUCCUGUCCUUUAUUCUGAAGAAACUGAAAAAUCUUUUUUCAUCUUUGAUAUUGCAAGGAAAAUUAUUCGUGAUGUUGAUGUAUUUUCUGUGAAAACUACAUCAGUGUGCAGAGCUUCUCUUCAAUUGCUGGCAGCUCAUGCUUCUCAGUUUGGUUUGUUUAUUUUUGAAAACAGCACUGAAAUAUAUGAUGAACUGAUGCAGUGGGUCAUAUACAAGAAUAGAGACAUGCAAAAAUUAGGCAGAGAUGCUACUGUUGCUCUGUUAAAAGUUAUUGCUGAAAUGAUUACUUCAAAAUAUUCUGAAGAUGAAAAGUUCUGCAGGAAUAUAUUCAGUUAUUUUAUGAAAAAAUUUCUUAAUAUUUUUGUGAAAAAUGCCAGUUCCAAAGAGCUGCACAUAGCUGUUAUAGGAUAUGGCCUUUUAGCUGGUGUUUGUAAAUUGUGCUUGAAUGAAAAUGAAGUAAAACGGAUGCUUCAGAAAAUUAUUCAGAAAAGUGAGCAUGAGUUUUUCAGCGAUAGCGAAGAUUUAGAUGACAAGAUAAUGGUUUUGCCAAGUUAUAUCGAAGCUUUGUCAUCAAUUAUAACAGAAAUAGCUUUUGUGCCUGAAAAUGUCCGACUGUCUUUAGUGAAAUUAGUAUUGUUUCAGAUUGAUAAAUUUCCCAAAAUUCCAUCUGCUUACAGUUUUAUUGCGCCAAAAGCAGUCAUUCGUAUAUUGUUGUCUGUAAAACCUAAGGGAGAAAUAUUUGAAGAUUUUCUUUCUGAAAUUGUUACCCAAGGAAUUGUUAAGACUUGCUCUCAUCCUGUUGUUGUAGAAGCAGAAGCACUGAAGGAAAGCUCUAAGGAAGGGAAAAAUGAAUUUGAAUCAACUCUUAAUGUAACAACAUAUAAGGAUUAUAUCUAUUUGUGGAAAAAUAUUUUAAAUGUUGUUCAGCUAAAGGAAUUGAGUGCAAUCGGUGUUGCUGUUGAAGAGAGGCAACAUUUGAUGGAAUGCAUCUAUGAUGAAAUAUUGAAAUCUAGCCUUAGUAUUAUUAGUAAAUUAGAUUUAACGCUUCAAAGAAACAAACGUGCAGAUGAAGCAUUUGAUGAAGAAAUUGAUAUUUCUUCGGAUCCUUUGAAUGGAAUGUACCCCAGUAACAUUACCGAUUACUAUAUUUUUAUAAACAUUGUAGAUUUUCUCAGGGACUUGUUGACGGAAAAUUGUAUGGAAUUGUUUUCAAAGUGGGUUUACCCAUUUGGUCGAGAAAUGAUCUUUUAUAUUACAAAGCACCCUUAUCACAGUGGAUUUUAUAAACUUCUUUCAUUGGCUUUGUCCAUAUGUGUAGAAAUAGGAUACUUUAAUGUAAUAUCAAGCAGUAAUUCCUCAUUCACAGAGAACAUCAAGUCCGACAAUCUUACCUAUAGAAGCUUUCAGCUGUUUUCUAAAGCAAUUAAAGAAAUUGUGGUGAAGCAACAGCAAUUUAAAGAUGAUUUACUAGCAUCUUGCUUGCAGGUGUUAUUAGUGCUACCUAUUGAAAUUGUAACCAAGGAAAUAGACAUUUUAAUUCCUGCUCUUGAGAAUGCUUUGAAGCUUGGAAUGAGUUAUUUACCUCUUGCUAAAAACGCUGUUUGUGCCCUUCAAAAGUGGUCUGAUCAUGUUCCUUUGAGUAUUAUGGAGAAGCAUUUUCCUCGAUUAUUACCUCACCUGAACAAGUACUUGCUGAUGUCCAAUUCUCAAGGCAACAGUUCUGUUCCUUUUGUUAAAGAAAUUAAGCAAUCAUCUAAGAAGACACAUAAAAUAUCAGCAAAACUUGGUAGACAAUCUCGACAAACUCACUUAGAUUCUAUUGUGGAUGAUCCUGCUCUCUUAAAAAUUCAACUUCAGAUAAUUACAUAUUUAGGCAAACUGGGCAAGUACAACAAAAUGCUUUUUGAAAAAGCAACUGAAGAUGUUAACGAUGUAGCAAUAGCAUGGGAUCCUCUAUACAGGAAUCACUUGAAAUAUUCUGUUCCAUUUGUUGAUGUGAAGCUUGAUAUUUAUUUUGAUGAUUUUCUCCCUCGAAUUUUAGAAAUUGCUACAAAAUCUAGCUCUCGUCAAGUGAAAAUAGCUGCUUGUGAAGCUUUGCAUUCAUUGGUUCUUUUUAUGAUUGGUCGGGGUAGCCAAGUUCCAGAUGGUUCCCUGAAAGACAAGUUUUCCAUGGAAGCACUGUACAAAAAGAUCUUUCCUGCUUUAUUGGAAUUAGCAUGUGACGUUGAACAGGUGACUAAAGAACUUUUUCGUCCUUUGGUGUUGCAGAUUAUACACUGGUUUACUAAUCCCAAAGUUGUUCAGACACCAGAAUCAGCUGUCAUCUUAUUAUGCUUAUGGGAUGGUGUUACUGACCAGGAAAAUACUGCUUUACGAGAUUUUAGUGCAGUUUGUCUGAAGGAAUUCUUUUCUUGGGCUCUUAAGCAAUCCUCUAAGGCAGAAAAUGGUCAUGCAGAGAAUCUUUUAAGGAAGCUUAACAGCUUUGCUUUGCAUUCUAACCCCUUCAAAAGAAUGGGAGCUGCUUUAACUUUCAACAGUAUUUAUACUAUAUUCAGAUCUGAUGACAAUCUUAUAGGAAAAUAUACUUUGCAUCUCUUGAUCCUUUUCGUUGAUAGUUUAGCUAUGGCUCAUAGUGAUGAUAGAUCAUUAGGUACUCAAACGCAAUGUGUAACGGCUUUAAAUCACAUUGAACGCAUCAUUGCUGUGAAGCAUAAACAUUUGUUAAAAACUGAAAAAACUAGAAAGAAGCCAGCAUGUCUGGAGGAGGCAACUCUUGAUUGUGCUGUCUAUUGGCUUUUACUUCAGUGUGGUUGCACUCAAACUGAAUGCAGACACAAGUGUAUGGAUUUAGUCGUGAAAUUAUGUCCUUUGAUUCCAAGUAUGCUUAUUUCUUCCAAUUUAUUUGAGAAAGCUUUGGGAACUGCUGUUACAUACUGUGGUGACAAGGAUGUGAUGUCUCAUAAGGCUUUAUUUCAGUGGUUAGAAGCACUUCUAACUUCAUUAGAGUGUUACCAUUGGGCUUUCUCAGAACAUGUGUUACUUCAGAAAUCUAUAACAAGUGAAUCUUUUGCUGAUUUGUUUUCAUCUGUAAGGAUAUUUCAUGAAGUUGAAUAUUUUAUAAAAAAUGUAUUGAAGGAUCCUCUUUCAGCUGUAAUUAGCCAUAAAGGUCUCAAUCAAGAAUUUACACCUAAUGAAGUACUAAAGUAUAAUAGAUUGAAAUGUACAGUGUUUGUGAGACUGAUGAGUUUUAUCACUGUUGUGUUUGAUGCCAAAAUUUACUGGUUUUGGGAGAAAUUAAAACAAUUAUGGAAUCAAUAUUUGUGGGAAGGAAUUAUGUUAUGCAUCAUAGACCCUUCUUCUAUUGGAUUUGAUAUGUCUGAUGCAGAAAUAAUUACAAAUUUGCCUUUAGAAACACGAAUGUUCAUUCAGAAGUGCUUAUCAAAGAGCCCAGAGUUUCAGGCAUAUUGCUGCACCUUUCUCCACCAGAAAUUGGAAUAUAAUUUAGCCAAAAAGUUUCCCAUUUCUUUAAAAAAUAAUCCUGAUCCCAUAAAAAUGCUCCAUUUGUUAAAUGGUUAUGAGCAAUUAAUCAAAGCUGGGAUAAAUGAACUUGCUAAUAAUUUAUUAGAAACUGUAUGGAAUGAAUCAAUUAUGAUGGAUGGUGGUUCUUGCAAGAAAGUAGCCUUGAGUCCAGCAGCUUUUCAACUGGCAGAUAAAAUGCUCUGUGUAGCGUUUGGCCUUGGAGUGAAAACUGAUGAACUAGCUGAUAAAUUUAUAUCUCCCACAACUGGAUCUGGUGCUGAUUCUAAAAAAUCUGGAGUUCUAAUAUUUGGAAUUUAUAGUGCUUCCAUCUGUUCUUAUGCUGCAAAACAUUCCAGCCCUUUUGUAGCAUUUCUGGUCAAUAAGUUGAGUCCAAGAUCCUUUAGUGAGAUAUCCAUCUUAUUGAAAUUUAUUGACUAUGUGGCUUGUACAAAAACAUUGAGAAGAGAGUGUGGUAAAAGUGUUUUAGAAAGCUUUUUAGUUGGAUGGCCCAAAAUAACUAAUUGGUGGCUUGCACACGAAGAAGCAGAUAGCAGAUACUCUAUCCUUUCUAUCAUGUCAAAGAUGCUUAUCAUAGAUUCACAGGUUGCCACAAAUGUGUCUGGAAAAUAUUCCACAUCUCUUUAUUCAACAUAUGAACAGCUUUUGAGGAAAGAGGAUUUGCCAAUGGAUUUUCUAGUACGUGCCUUAGAUAUUCUACCCUUCUUUUUGGAUAGUUCAAAAGAAGAUACUCUUAGGCCCUGUUUAGAGCAAAUGAUAGCUACUAAUUUUCCAGUUGAAAGUAAAGAAUUAUCGAAAGGAACGACAGCUUAUCAUUCUUACAUUUCUGCUCUCAAACGGAUGCUUUCUGCUUUGCAUCUUACUGGUUGUGAUUAUCUUCUAAAGAUUUUGACUGUGUUGUUUUGUAAAGAAGAAAGCCACAUUGUUGGACCAAGUUUUCUAAGUGCUAUUAAUCGUAUGAUUAAAAACACUGUUCUACAGACUGUCUCUAUCUCUGCUUUCAUAACAUUUUUCUGUUCUCACAUUACGGACAUAAUGUCAUGUUUAAAAGCCCCUGAUACAAUGGACUUAAUUGAGAAAGGAAUAUCACUUGCUAAGAAAAUUUGCUGCUUCAAACUUAUUGAGUUGUUGUAUUUGAGACUGACCAAAGAUUUGUUGCACACUAAAGAAUCUCAGAUCGUUGAAAUAUAUUUAGGACGUACUCCGGGCAGUGGAAAUGAGCUUAGCACAGACAUCACAAAGUUGGCUCGUGCAUUUCGAACUACUAGUUAUGAGUUGGAAGGAACACAUAAAGAUUUGUACAGAAAGUUGAACUGUGCCAGCUUCAGUGCUCUGAUUGCAGUUGUCUGUUGUACACAGAAUGAUAUAAAAUUCUACAAUGGAUUUAUUUUCAAGGAGAAUCCAGUAAAGAAUGAAAAAAUAUGGCAGAGGAUUGUAGAUAUAGAACAGAGUUUAUCCUUUGAUGUGGAACUUGAUACUCCUCUUGCUCGUCAGAAAAAGAUUGUAUUCCUGCGCCAUACUGCUCGUAGAGUUGUGGAAAGUGACAAAGAUUUUAGUGAAGAAGAUUUUCCAUCAUCCUUGAAACUUUUGGGUUCUGAAAAUUUGGCUCUCAGUAGUCUAGCUGAAGAUGCCAGCAAAUUUGUGUUUUCAACUGAAGAUCAGAGUGAUUAUGACAGAGAUUUUGUUGAAUUAGAAAACGAUGAAUUGAAUAAGCAUGAGUGUAUGGUUUCUUUCACAUGCCUAUUUAAGCACAUGAAAGAUCAAGGCCUGAUUUUGGAAGGACACAGUAAUGAAGCUGCUCCUGUGUGGAUUAAUGCCCUCAUUCAGUCCUUGGAAGACAUCAGAGCUAAUAAUAAUGUUCGAUUAUUUUUGGGCCGUUUGAUUGUGAAUAAUGCAAAUAUUCUCCAACCAUAUGCGAAGCACUUGCUUAAACCUUUGAUGAAUUUGAUUGUCUCUGGGAUAGCAGGCACUAAUCUGAAUUACUACAUACUGGAUAUUCUGAUAGCUCUUCUGUCCUGGGCACCAACUGCAGUCCCUCAGGAUAACAUUUCUUAUGAAGCCAGUGAAAUAUUGAGUUUUGUAAUAAAGAAUUGUGAACAUCAGAGGAAAGAGAUAUUCAGAAAUAAUUUAGAAAUAAUCAAAUCUAUUGUAGAGUGUUGGAAAGAGGUCUUGGAUGUUCCAUAUCAUUUAGUUUAUGAGAAAAUGAAUGAUCCUGAUCCUGAGAGCAAAAGAAAUGUUUUUGGAAUUCAGCUUCUAGGGGUUUUUAUGUCAUGUGGUUUGCCACCUUAUAAUGCUGAGGAUGAAUCCAGGAGUCAGAGUUACAUUAAUAUUUUGUUGAAAAAUUUAAUGCAUAAAUCCAAAGAAGUUUAUGGAGCUUCCGCUGAAGUGGUUGCCAUUAUUUUAAAGCAUUUAUCAGCUCAAGAAACACUUGAUGAAAAGCACCCAUUUUUCAUUAAAACCGUGAAACAGCUGGAAACUGUACGGAAGCAAGAAGAAAGCAAAUUUCUGUAUAGUUUGAAUAAGAUUCACAUAGGUUGUCCUUCAAUUGCUGAUGGAUUCAUAUCCAGACUUCUAUUCUUAUAUCCUUCAGUAUAUGGAGUGUAUAAAAACUAUAUUCUGGAGAUUUUGUAUUCCAGAGUCUGUGAAAUAGAUAAUGGUUACAUAGCUCUGAAAUCCCUCGGCCUUUUUGAAAAUUUGGAAAGCAGGAGUGAGCCAACACAAUUUCUAGCAUUACAAGCUUUGGAAAAGCUGAUUCCUGUGCUAUCAUGUGAUGAUAUUUUAAGUAUUUUGCCUGGAAUCGUCGACAUCCAUGCUCAACCGUCUGCUCGAAGUCGUUUCGCUCUGUUUAAGACACUUUUUGUAUUGUACGACAAAUUCAGCCAUAAUGAAGGAGCAAAAGAAAAGGAAAUAACUCGGCAUGCUCAAGAAACUCUGUUAAUUGGACUUGCUGAUCCUGACCCAACAAUUAGAUUGACAGUUGAUAACUUUUGGAGUGAUGAAAAGAGGUUACCUCUUGGCACAAAAGAGAGACUUCUGGCCCUCAUGAAAAACAUGUAUUCUCCGGUGACAGAAGAAUCUUUCCUGCAGUAUGCCACAUUCUUGCUGUUGGAGAGAACUUCUCACAGCCCAGACUAUAAGAGGACAAUAUUUGAGCAUCCUUUAUCGGAUUGUAACUUUCAGGCAUAUGCAAUUCAAACCUCUUGGAGAAAAAGGCAUGUGGCUAUGUCACCUCUCUUUACUGAAACUGUGUCGAGCUCUCUAAAUGCUAUCAUGAUGUCAUUGGAUGAAUUCUCAAAAUCAUUUGGUCACAAUGAAGGACCAGUGAAAGCUACACAAAGAAAUAAUGAUUUCUCUGAAACUAUCGACCCUGACAUUAGAAGAAGCAACACAUAUAAUUGGCUCACUGAGAGCAGUUUCGAGACAUCUUUGGUUGCCGGUUCCUUUGAUGAUACCUCAUACAAUACUUAUGCAAGCUCUCUCUCCAAACCUCAACUAAUUGCCUUAGGAAAUGAAAACAAGUUGUUGGAUAAAAAACAGUCCUCCUACACUUCUCCAGUUAAGAAUGAAAAGCCAAGGAAAAGUUCUGUCUGGAUGUUGCGAAGACGUUUUGUGAAGGAUCAAAAGCAGUCUGACACUUUUGCAAAGCAAGAACUUAGGAGGCAGGAUGCAAGAAAAGAACGUUUAAAAGAGCAAAGAAAUCAGAGAGAUGCUCAAGUUACCAUGUAUCGUCAGUAUCGAAUUGGAGAACUUCCUGACAUCCAAAUAAGCAAUGCAGAGAUCAUAGCUCCCAUACAAGCUCUUGCAAUGCAUGAUGCAAUUAUUGCUAAAUUGUUAUUGAAGUCAUUGCUUGUGUCUGUAUCUGAAUUUGUAUCGAAAGAGAUACCUGAAGAGUACGAAAUUUUAAUGGAAGAAAUUAGUGAAUGUUUUGGAAAAAUGCUUGGUAGUAGCUAUUUGUACAGUCCUUCAGUGAUAUCAUUUUGCUUGGAAUCAUUGAAUCAAUUGUCAGAUACCUCCUUUGAUGCAGAAUCUGUAUUUGUUGCUAGCAUUGGCAGCAGCCAGCAAAGUACAGGAAUCUUACUUCUGGAAUCAAAAAUUUUGCGAGGUUUUGACUCUGAACCGUCACAGAAGAAAAUGAGGAAAGAAAAACAAAGUAUGUCUGAUGAAACAUCUCACUGGAUGAAACUUGCUGAGUUAUAUCGUUCUAUUGAUGACUUUGAUGUUGUAAAUGGUAUAUUUUCAUUAACUUUGGGCCAUCGACCAGAAAAUAGGAAAGCCCUGCAGCAUGAAUGUUCAGGACAAUAUUUUCAAGCAGUAGAGUUGUAUAAUAAGCUUUAUGAUGAAGCCUCUGAUGAAAGUGACCAAGCAGAAAAAGAUUUUUGGGAUAAAGCCGUUUUGUCAUGCCUCGACAAACUGACAAAAUGGGAAAAUUUGGAAUCCAUGGUCAUUAGUCGAUUUACAAGUGCAGAAGCUCCUGACUUACAAAGAAUUUGGGAAGAUCAAUAUAUUAAGGAUAAUUAUUUGCCUUAUUUGAUUCGAGCAAAAAUGAAGCAGUUGUUGAGAGGAAAAAAGGAUCAGUCAUUACUUUCAUUUUUCGAUGAAUCUAGAACAGACGAAGAGAAAAAAAGACAUCUUGAGAGUCACUAUGCCGAAGAUCUCGCCUUAUUGUACAUCGUUCAAGAUAAAUUUGAUAUUGCUCGCACCUACAGUUCUUCUUGCCUUAGAAGAUUUUUAAAAGAUUGGCAGAGUCUAAGUCCUUUAGCAAUUGGUAUGCAAAUAUCAACAUUGCAAAAACUUAUAGCUUAUGUCGAACUUGAUGAAUUUUUACAAGUAAUGAAACAAGAUAAUUUUACAGAAGCUGCAUCGUUAACGAACUUGCUUCGCAUCUGGCAAAAUAGAUAUCCUGCUUCAACUGAUUCAGUGAAUAUUUGGGAUGAUGUGAGCACCAACAGGCAUUUAUAUACUCUAAAAUUUGAGGGGAAACAGAAAGGGAAGAUGGCUGGAGUUGAAGGAAGGAAACCUCGAUUUUCAUCCAGUCAAGAUAUUUUGUCCAGUUCAGAAAAUGAUGGAAGUACAGAAUUGGAUUUUAAAAAACUGUCGUUAGAAACAUCUGUUCUCAUCAAAUUGGGUUUUGCCAAAAAUUGUGCAGCACAAGGAAACUUUCCUGUUGCCAUUUCAAAUUUAAAAGAAAUAUACAAAGUAUCAAAGAAUUUGGACAGCUCACUUUGGUCCAAAUUUAUUGAAGCAUACUGUGCUAUAAAUAACCAGAAUUCAUCAUUCUUCUCACCAGACAAGAGGUUGGAAGUAUUGCUUGGCACUCUAAAACAAUUGGGAAAACUUCAAAUGCGCUGUGGGGACACAGUUUCGCAAAAGAGGUUACACAGUGAGACUUUAGAAAUGAUUGCUACCAUGUUUUUACGAGGAGAUAUACUGUAUGGUUCAGGAGAAGAGCAUAGAAAAAAGAUUAUCGAGAUUUGCGGAACUGACUGCAGUCCUUCAAAGAUUCCCAACAUGUUGUUAAACAAGAGCUUUCUUUGUUUGAAAGAAAUAAUUCAUAUGGACGAAACAACUAAGGAAAAGGGAAAUGAAAACUUGAAGAACAUUGGUUUUGCACAUUUGGAACUAGCAAACUUUUGUAACAGAUAUUUGAGAAAAGAAGAAUCAGAUCAGGAUUUUUCCUCAAUUGAUUUUGAUGCUUUUGAAGAGUUUCCUAAAAUUUUGACUGAAUGUUUGUUGAAAUCUAUGGCCUGUCAAAUUCCAGAUGCCUUAGAGCUCUUUCCCCGUCUACUCCAAAUUAUUGAAAUGCAUCCAGAAUGUAUUGAUCUCUUUCAGUGCAAAACCUCAGAGAUGCCUUGCUGGUUGUUUCUCGGUUGGAUUAAUCAGAUGGUUGCGUUGUUAGACAAACCAGAAGCUGUGGCUCUUCAUCAAAUAAUUGAGAAUAUUGCUCUUACUUAUCCCAAUGCUCUUGUUUAUGCUUUCCAUUUAAGUUCCACAUGCUACAAUUUCUCAAAAAGUAUUGAAGGACAGAGAAAUGAAAAAUUUGUUAAAAAAAUCGACAGCAUUUUAAAAAGAGAUAGUUUGACUUAUGAUUUCAUUGCUGCUCUUGAACAUCUGAGUAUCCCUCACAUACUUUUCAAGGAUUUUAUUUCUGACUAUGUUCGGCUAUUGAACAUUAAAGCAUCAAAAGAAGCAGUUUUUUCUCUCUUCAGUACUACAGUUAAGAGCUUAUUUAUUUUGGAAGAUAAUGGAAGAAUUCCUGUUGGUCCACUGCAGAAGGAAUUUGCAGAGGAUUACAAAGAAAAGUUUUUAAAGAUUUGUGGAAAAAAGGGAGAGAAGCUUUGUAAACCUGCAGAUCAAAAGACAAUUUCUGAAGAAUUAAGGAACUUGUAUAAAGAAGCAAGUUCAAAAGCUAAGAAACACAUUAAUUUGAAACUGUAUUCGACCUGGUUAAGUGAAUUCCAGUCCUGGAAAUACUCAUCUGAGAUAGAAAUUCCUGGUCAAUAUUCUGGCAAAAGUAAACCAUUGUUGGAUUAUCAUGUUAAAAUUUCUGGAUUUGAUGAAAAGGUAUUAGUGUUAUCUUCAAUUACUGUGCCUCGUCGUAUCAUAAUCAGAGGUAAUGAUGAAAAGGAAUACAAAUUUCUGGUCAAAACUGGUGAGGACCUCAGGCAAGAUGCUCGUAUUGAACAGUUGUUUACAAUAAUGAAUGAAAUAUAUGGGAAGAAUAUCAGUUGUGCCCAACGUCGUCUUUCUCUUCAUACCUACAAAGUGGUUCCUUUGACCACUAGACUCGGGCUUAUUGAAUGGGUCGAUCACACUAUUGUGCUCAAUGACUUUUUAAUGGAUGGAAUGUCAGAACCAGAAAGAACAAAUUAUGAGAAACGUAAGUCAAAUGCCAUUGAUACCAUAUUUAAAUUAGGAAAAGGAAAUUCUAAUAGUGAUAUAGGUACGGUGUAUGCAUAUUUAUACCAAAAUAGGAGCAGAGAAGAGUGUGUGCAGAAAUAUGAAGAAAUUAAGAAAAUAAUGCCAAAGAAUCUUUUAAGGAAAUCUUUUUUGAAGUUGAGUUCAUGUCCUGAAGCAUUUGUGACUUUGAGAGCAAAAUUUGCUCAGUCGCAUGCCGUCGUUUGCCUCUCUCAUUGGAUUCUGGGCAUUGGGGAUCGCCAUUUAGGCAACUUCCUUAUUGACAAGACCUCUGGGAAUGAAAUAGGCAUUGAUUUUGGUCAUGCAUUUGGUUCUGCCACUCAGUUUUUAGGCACCCCUGAGCUUGUGCCAUUCAGACUGACAUCUCAGUAUCUGCAACUGAUGGAGCCUUUGGGAGUGAAAGGAAUUUAUGAGGCUACAAUGGUGCACAUACUUUCAGCUCUUCGUGAGAAAUCAGAUCUUAUAUUGAAUGUCAUGGAUAUAUUCAUUAAAGAACCCACUCUUGAUUGGAAGGUUCAUGCUCAAAGGCAGCAAUCAAUACUGGGAACACAAUUAGAAGGUGAAGAUGAUUGGUUUCCCAAACAGAGAGUGAAUAUUGCUCGCAAGAAACUUGAAGGUGUCAACCCAUGUCACAUCACAAGAGAAGAGCUGAAGUUAGGCCACAUGUCAAAGAAAUACUUCAAGAAAAUGGAAUCUGUCUGCCUGGGGACCUCUGACUUCAACAUUCGUGCAAAAACAAAACAUACGGGUCUGACCGUUGAAGAACAGGUGGAUUGCCUCCUUGACCAAGCGACCGAUCCCCACCUCCUGUGUCUCACAUAUUUUGGCUGGAGCCCAUGGAUGUAAAGCUACGCUCUCUUGUUGCUAUGUUUUAGUCCAGAUUUUGCAACUGUGAUAAACGUUUUUAAUCAUGUUGUUCAUUUUAUGGAAAGCGCGAUGUUUGUAAAAUUUAUGUAUUAAAUUUUAU